AUGGAGAGCAGAAGGAUUGGGGGGGUGAGCGAAAACGUUGAAGAGACAUGGCGUGGCUGCAGGACAAAAUAAGGGGAUCUCAGUUCACCUAAAGGAGUUCUCUGGGGCAGGUCAAGGCAGAGGAGUCGAGCUAACAGUCUGUAGGAUUUUCAUUUCGCUUUGCUUUGGUCUUAGCUCGUCUAAUCAGUGCGCACACAACGUUUGUGCUGGCCAGUAUCUGCAGAGUGAAGUCUGUGGCUAACAACCCAGUCUGACAGGAUAAAAGGUAGCUCAGUAUGAGUCGAGAUGGGUGGGCAAAGAAGAGAGCCAGUGCUAGUGGUGACAAUGGUUGGGCUGAAAGGGGCGGCUACAUGGCUGCCAAAGUCUCCAAGCUGGAUGAGCAGUUUAAACUUGAUGCCCCCAGGGAAAGACAGAAGGAAGGCUUAUGCUCCAACAUCUUCAGUGGAGUGGCCAUUUAUGUUAAUGGGUACACAGAACCAAGUGCAGAUGAGCUACGCAGACUGAUGAUGCUGCAUGGUGGCCAGUUCCACGUCUACUACUCUCGCUCCAAGACCACCCACAUCAUCGCCAAUAACUUGCCCAACAACAAAAUUCAGGAGCUCAAAGGGGAAAAGGUCAUCAGGCCAGAGUGGAUCACAGACAGUGUCGAGGCUGGGCGUCUCCUGCCUUACCUACAGUACCAGCUGUAUGCAAAACAGAAAGGCCCGCUCUUCCCUGGCAUGACUCUGCGCCAGACCUCAGAGAUCGCAGGGCCGAGCCAUGCGCCGCUGCCGCUGAGCGUCCAUCAAAAGCUUCACCUGCCACAGCGCAGCGUUCAGCACUCUGUUCCCAACCAUGAGCAGUCCUCAUCUAGCUACCGGAAUAACUUCAACCCUAACCCCAGCCACAAUCAACUCUACCAAGGCAACGUCCAACCUCAGUCCAUCAAACACAGCUCUGCAGCUUGCUUCAUUAACCCCCAACCAAGUCACUUAGCAUCAGGUCACCUUAAUAUAGAUCCCAGACACAGAAGCCCUUCACACACCCACCCACUGUCUAAACCAAGCCUCACAAAGCCCCCACCGUCUACUCUUCAAACACCUCAUCGCAUUCUCCAGCACCAGAGAGCUGGCCAACCACAACCUCAGACCAACUCUUCUUGCAACACACGACCGAGUGGCUGCAAGGAUGUAGAAUUAAAAGUAAAAGGAUUAUUGCAGACCUCACUGGAUUUGAUGAGCCAUUCAAAAAUGAGCAAAAUGCAAGAGUGUGGCAAAGGAGAUGUUUUCCCACAGGUGGUGAAGGAAGCACCCCUGACAAAUGGACACACUCAUCUUGUUAAUGGUGCCUUAAAGCCAGGGGACCUGUCUCCUGUUACAGAUGAACCCUCUGUUGACAAGGAACUGCCAGAAUGCAGAGUUAAGAGUCCAGAGGAUAAACCUCGGAGUCCUCCAGUACGUUUUCAGACCAAACAUGACCCGUAUGAAUUUCCCCACAGUCCUCCGAAGCAAACUGACCAGUCCUCUGUCUUACUGGAGCAAUUCAGCUCACCAGGAGCCAAUGAGAGACCUAAACCUCUACUACCCACCUACCAGGAGGCCAUAAAAGCCACAGAAACCCACCUACACCCAAAACAGCUCCAGUUAUCCCUUCAGGUUGAUUCAAAUCCCGAAAAGACUCCUCCUUCCCCUGCAUCUCGUUCUCUUUCAUAUUCUCCAAUUCGACUGAAUGGAAGUCACCACAAUGCCUUUUCAUCUAAUCCUGCCUCAAUCAACACAACCAACUUAUCAACCAAACCCGAUCCUCCCUCAGACAAGUCAUCGUCAUCGUCAAAGUCUUCAACACAGCUGCUGGCACAGACGGGUGAUUUGAUCUCCGAGUACUACUCUCACUCACGUUUGCACCAGAUCUCGACAUGGAGGAGCGGCUUUUCUGAGUAUGUCAAUGAACUGCAUAGCAAACGAAAAGCAGUAGGGGGUGCCUCCUUUCCUGGGAAAGACCGACUGAGGAAAUCUGUAGUCCCGCGCUCUUCAGACAGUCAAGGUACAUCGGCAUCUGCAGCUGUUAAAUCUUGUAUUCUUCAUGUGGACAUGGACUGUUUCUUUGUGUCUGUGGGGAUCCGACAUCGGCCGGACCUCAAAGGAAAGCCUGUGGCUGUGACCAGUAACCGUGGACAGGGCAGAGUGCCCCUGAGACCCGGGGCCAACCCUCAGGUGGAGCAGCAGUACUACCAGAGGAAACAAUCUCAUCCUCAACCAGAGAGGAGUGAUGAGGAUUUACACAGAACUCCUUCACAAGAGAGUCCUGACUCCCACACCAACGGAGUGGACCAGGAUGCUACUGCGCUAUCAAUGGCAGAGAUUGCGUCCUGCAGUUAUGAGGCUAGACAGGCAGGCGUGAGGAACGGGAUGUUUUUUGGCAAAGCGAAACAGUUGUGUCCCUCACUGCAGUCUGUCCCAUAUGAUUUUGAGGCCUAUAAAGAGGUGGCUCUCACCAUGUAUGAGAUACUAGCUGGUUUUACCCACGACAUUGAGGCUCUGAGCUGUGAUGAAGUGUUGAUAGACGGUUCUGCUCUGCUCGCUGAGUUGGGCACCGACCCAGGAGAUCUUGCCAAAGCUAUCAGAGCGGACAUCAAGGAGAAAACAGGAUGCUGUGCUUCAGUCGGCAUGGGGUCCAACAUCCUGUUGGCUCGGCUGGCGACCCGAAGGGCCAAACCAGAUGGGCACUACUUCUUAAAGUCUGAAGAAGUGGAUGAUUUUAUCAGGGACCUGCCAGUGACCAGCCUACCAGGUGUUGGGCCUGUUAUGGGCAGAAAGUUGGCUGCGAUGGGAGUGAGGUCAUGUGGGGACCUCCAACAGGUGUCUCUGUCUCAGCUACAGAAGAAGUUUGGACCCCGGACUGGACAAACCCUGUUCCGUUUCUGCAGAGGGCUGGACGAUCGGCCUGUCCGCUAUGAGAAGGAAAGAAAGUCUGUCUCAGCUGAGAUGAACUACAACAUUCGCUUCACUAGGAUUGAUGAGGCAGAGUGUUUCCUGACUAACUUGUCUAUGGAGGUGCAAAAACGUUUACAAGAAGCAGGGCUGCGGGGUCGCAGAGUUACCCUUAAGGUCAUGAUACGCAAGGUGGGCGCUCCACUGGAACCGGCUAAAUACGGUGGUCAUGGCAUAUGCGACAACUUAGCCAGGACCGUGAUGCUCGUGCAAUCCACUGACAGUGGUCAGCUGAUUGCCACUGCAGUCAUCAAGCUGUUCCAUGCCAUGAAGCUGCAGGUUCAGGACCUGAGAGGAGUUGGCAUCCAGGUUCAGCUUCUUGAGGGAAAUCACUCUGUCCCCCAGGACUCCACAGGCCACCGGACACGCUCCAUCAAAGAGAUGUUGCUAGGUCAGGGACUGAGUGCCCGAUCCCACAACAGAGGUGAGGCAGACAACAGCACACAUCAGGAAAAGACUUUCUUGGCUACAGUCCAAUCAUCUGGCUCAUCCCCACAUCCUCUGUCCUCUCCUGAGCCAGUCCCUGGCACAAGCAAAGACCAGCAGGCAUGCAGGCGAACUCCGAAACACUCACGAGCACGUCUCAACCUCAGCAUUGAAGUCCCCUCCCCUUCACAGGUGGAUCGUUCUGUGUUGGAGGCCCUGCCUGCAGAGCUGAGAGAACAAGUGGAGCAGUCUUGGACGCAUCGGGACGGGAGACAAAACAACCACCGUUCACCCAGCCCACAGCCCUCUGCUCCUCUUCCACAGCCUCCCUAUCUGAAGUCUUGUCCAGCCUCACCUCCUCGACCUGCACUGUACAGUCCUCCUGUAGGAACAUUGGUUCUGCAGAUUCCAAACCAGCCAGACAGUCCGGGAAUUGUACUGGAACUACCAAACUUCUCACAGGUUGAUCCAGAUGUAUUUGCUGCCCUUCCCAAAGAGCUCCAGGAAGAACUGAAGUCCGCCUAUAACCGCAUAACAACUGUACAGCCUCAGUCAAAAAUGUUGGAACAGAAGAAUCCACUGCUGCAGCUAAAACAGUCAGGAGCAGGAAUUGGCAUUGGUCGCGUGAAGCGGCACUACAAGAGAAAAAAUGCAGUGAGUCCAAUUAAAAAAGGACCGUCCCCUACAAAGAGGCGUCACACAGCAAACAGCCCUGCCAAAACCCUACCACCUCUUAUAACAUCAAGGGAACCAAUAAACAUGGUAAAGAUUGAAAAUGGUCCCUCCACAUCCUCCUCUAAACCAGACAUCCCAGAGUCUCUGUCUAAAUUCAUUCCUCGUCCUGCUCCAGCAUUAGCUGGAGCCUGCGACUUGACGGACAUUAAAACACUCCUACGGGAAUGGGUCACCACCAUAACAGAACCCAUGGAGGAGGACAUCUUGCAAGUGGUGAAAUACUGCACUGAUCUGAUUGAGGACAAAGAUCUGGAGAAGUUGGAUUUGAUUAUAAAAUAUAUGAAAAGGCUCAUGCAGCAGUCGGUGGAGUCUGUUUGGAGUAUGGCUUUUGACUUCAUCCUAGACAACGUUCAGGUGGUUGUACAACAGACUUAUGGUAGCACCCUGAAGGUAACAUGAAGAAUGAGGGAUUCUGUUUUCACUGUGUUACCUUUUAACCACUUUUUGUUUUGCUAUGUUUACAAGGUUAUCUGCAGUACAAAUUAGGACAUCUAAAUGAUGAUUUCUAUCCUUCCAGAUUGUGACACCAGUGCUGCAUCUGCCAGUUAUUUACUUUACAGAAACAUAAUAUGAGAAAGUGUUACAAAACCCAUGGCAGUAUUUGAUGAGAGUAUGUACAGUACAUUGUUUUCUGUACUUGCUCUUUAAGGGACAGGUAACACAAACUGAAGGGCAGGAAAAGUACUUGGCGUAGAAUCUACUCAUCAAAACCCAGACCAGUGAUAAUUGUAGCAACUUUUUGAAAAUUCAUCAGUUUUCAUAUGGACUUCUUCUUGAGAUAAUGCCAAGACUCAGUUCCACACAUAUGUGAAAUUUUGUGUUAAAAAUUUUGCAGGCAGUUCCUCACUAUUUCUUACACGCCAAGUCCAAACCAGGUCUUGUAAGAGUUUCAAUUUCUAUUUUCCUGGUGAGUAUUUUCCAUCUCACAUCACAACUGACUUCCCCUAUUUGUCCAAGGAUUAAACAGCAUUAUAUGGGCACAUUUUAAGGUUAUUCUUUUGCACUUCAGUCAGCCUUGGUUUAAAAUAAUGACAGGGGUAACCAUAAUCAUCAUGUUAAAACAAAAAGCAUAUUUUAGUGAUUUUGGAAUUGUUAAGUCUUGUUGCACUCCUCAGACAUCAAACCUAUGAUAAUCUCAGAAACGGAAUAAAUUAUCUUAUUUUUCAUUUGUUUCUUUGGUGUCCCAUGCCACUUAUACUGACCUGUGAAAUAUCUACUACUGCUCUGUCACAAAAAAACAGACAAAAUCUAGUCUGGUGCAUACAGUAGUAUAUUUUUUUCUGUCUCUUGCAAAAAAGUGCCAAACCCUGUUAUUAUAACAUGUAAAUAAUGUUUUUAAAGAUCCUUGUUAAAAGUUUUAAAAGAAAAGAUGUAUGUAGAGGGCUUACCUCUUGUAUUGUUUACAUGUAGUGAACUCUUAGUAACCGUCUUUAAAUUGUAAAUCUUCUCACUCUAAUUGUAUGUGUUCCAACAUGGAAAUCAGAAGUUGGCCAAAGCACUUCAUAUGAGGUUCACUGUUGAUUCUCAGUAGCACUCUGAUUUCAGAGGAUGUUACCUGGGGUUAUGGCAAUCAAUAAGUAGCCUAUGCAUCUCUUUUUUUCACUAACAAGUGAGAUGUCCCCUCAAGAUAAUAUAAUAUUUCAUACAACCUUUGUACUUGGAGUAAAAUCUUGGUAUUCCAGUUGUUUGUCACUGGUUUCAUAAAUCCGAAUAUUAAAAUAAUGCUGGAUUUGCAUAGGAACAGAAGGUGUGAUUUUUAACUCUGUAACCCAUCUUGUGUACUUCACAUACUGGAGACAUAUGUAUGGCUUGUGGCUACAUCAUUGUAUUUCUGUGACGUUAACUGUUAUGACGGCGAUGAUGGUGAUCAGAAGUACUCAGCAGAUGCGGUUGGCUGGCUGGCUUGUGAUCUCACCACGCAACACAUGAUGUGUGUGCUUGAAAAGUUUGUUUAAAACAGUAUCCCUAUAUGCAAACCAAAUCAAGCUGUUGUGUUUUUUUAACUUGUUGAAAUGAAUGUAAUUCAUAAUGUGCAAGUCUCCAUUCACUUUCAAGAUGUUGCUUCUCUUCACCUGUCAUAUCUUUCCAGAAGGGAAUGGCCAGGAGCUAAAAUUGGCCAGUCUUGUCUUCUCUAAACUGGCUUGUGCCUGACGACCUUAAGCUGUGAACUUGUUUGUAAGUUUUCUAAAUCUUGGUAAUAAACUGUAAACUCUG